AUGAUUUCAACACUCCUAAAUGUCCUCGUCGGCCCCCUGGUCCUUGUACUCUUUGUUGUUUUAGCAGUCGCGCUUCUUACUCUCGUUGAACGUAAAGUUCUGGGAUACAUGCAACUACGAAAGGGUCCCAAUGUGGUUGGCCCUUAUGGCCUCCUCCAACCCUUUGCCGACGCCCUUAAACUUCUAACAAAAGAGCCUGUUCGACCCUCCACCGCCUCCCCCCUCCUCUUUCUCGUUGCCCCCGUCAUGGCUCUUAUUCUUGCACUUACCCUUUGGACCCCUAUGCCCCUUCCCUUCCCUGUCGCCGACCUUAAUUUGGGGAUCCUUUUUAUUCUAGCCCUCUCGAGCCUAGCCGUCUACUCCAUCCUCGGCUCAGGGUGAGCAUCCAAUUCCAAAUAUGCACUUAUUGGGGCCCUCCGGGCCGUAGCUCAGACUAUUUCCUACGAAGUUAGCCUAGGCCUUAUCUUGCUCAACGCCAUUAUUUUUACAGGCGGCUUCACACUCCAAACCUUUAGCGUCGCGCAAGAAAGUACUUGACUAAUUUUACCAGCCUGACCCUUAGCUGCUAUAUGAUACGUCUCCACCCUAGCUGAAACAAACCGCGCCCCCUUUGACCUCACUGAGGGGGAGUCAGAACUUGUCUCAGGCUUCAAUGUCGAGUAUGCAGGAGGACCUUUCGCCCUAUUUUUCCUAGCCGAAUACGCCAACAUCCUUUUAAUGAACACUCUCUCCGCUACCCUCUUUCUUGGCUCCUCUGUAUCUCACGCGAUCCCCGAAUUAACCUCAAUCACCUUAAUAAUUAAGGCGGUUCUUCUCUCUGUUUUAUUCCUCUGAGUUCGUGCCUCCUACCCUCGCUUCCGGUACGACCAACUUAUGCAUCUAAUCUGAAAAAAUUUUCUUCCUUUAACACUAGCCCUUGUCAUCUGACACCUCUCGCUCCCAAUUGCCCUAUCUGGCCUGCCCCCUCAGCUUUAA